CUGUCACCUUAGCAACCAACGCUGCCGCCCGCCAUGGCUGAGGACGAAGAAGUUGCUUCUAGGACUGAGAAGGUUCUGCGGAUCCAGAGGGUGUUUAUAAACCUACUGGACACAUACAGCAGUGGAAACAUCGGGAAGUUCCUGGCCAGCUCCGUAGUGGGGGCUUCCCUUGAAGAAGUUGCAGAGGAAGAGGAAGACGAGGAUGAAAAUAAGCCUCCUGCCCCAGAAGCCACAGCAGCCAAGCAGAAGGAAGGCACGUUCCAGAUCGUGGGCACGCUUUCCAAGCCCAAAAGCAUCCAGCCAGACUUUGCCACAGAAACGUACAAGAACCUCUCUCGAGGAGACCUGCUCAUGCGCCUGCUGGAAUGCGACACGAUCAUUUACAACAUCACCGAGAGCCCGAAGCAAGCGGAGGAAGCCAUCUGGGCUGUCUCUGCGCUGAACGAAGAGGUCAAACGCUUUGGGAAGCGCAAGGUGUUUAUUCUACUCUCCACCGUGAUGACAUGGGCGAGAUCCAAGCCUCUGGACCCGGAGGACACCGAGGUCCCAUUCACGGAAGAGGACUACCGAAGAAGGAAGAAUCACCCAAAUUUUCUGGACCACAUAAAUGCUGAGAAAACAGUCCUCAAAUGUGGAAAAAAUGCCAGAAUGUUUGCAACAUACGUAGUUGCUGCAGGACUUCAGUACGGCAUGGAGGGAGGAAUCUUACACACAUUUUUUAAGCUUGCUUGGCUGGGCGAGGUCCCCGCGUUACCUGUUUUUGGAGAUGGAACAAAUAUCAUUCCAACAAUUCAUGUUCUUGACCUGGCGGGAGUGAUACAAAACAUCAUAGACCACGUGCCGAAGCACCACUACCUGGUCGCUGUGGAUGAGUCCGCUAACACCUUAGAAGACAUGGUCAAGCUCAUCAGUAAAAGUACCGGCCCUGGCAAAGUCCAGAAAGUCCCCAAAGAAAACGCUUUCCUCAUCAAGGACCUAACCCAAGACAGCAUUGACCACUUACUGGUCAACCUAAGAAUGGAGGCGCUCUUUGUGAAAGAGAAUUUCAACAUUCGCUGGGUGGCGCAGUCCGGAUUUGUGGAAAACAUUAACAGCAUCCUCAAAGAAUACAAGCAGAGCAGAGGGCUGCUGCCCAUCAAGAUCUGCAUCCUGGGUCCCCCCGCCGUGGGCAAGUCCAGCAUAGCGGAGGAGCUGUGCAGGCACUACAAGCUGCACCACAUCCAGCUGAAGGACGUGAUCGCCGAGGCCAUAGUCAAGCUGGAGGGGAUUGUCGCCCCCAAGGACAGAGGCGAGGAAGAAGAUGAGGAGGAAGAGGACGAGGAAAAUGUGGAGGAUGCUCAGGAGAUGCUGGACGGCAUCAAGGAAAGCAUGGAGCAGAACGCAGGUGAGCUAGAAGAUCAAUAUAUAAUUCGAUUUAUGAAAGAAAAGCUAAGAUCCAUGCCUUGUAGGAAUCAAGGUUACAUCUUGGAUGGAUUCCCAAAGACUUAUGAUCAAGCGAAAGACCUGUUCAGUCAGGAAGAUGAAGAAGAGGAAGAUGUUGAAGCCAGAGGCAAAGCAUUUCCUGUUGAUAAAUUAAUUAUACCUGAAUUUGUUUGCGGUCUGGAUGCCUCCGAUGAGUUUCUGAAGGAGCGGGUGAUAAACCUCCCGGAGAGCGUUGUGGCCGGGACCCACUACACCCAGGACCGCUUCCUCCGCGUGCUGAGCAACUACCGCGACAUCAACUCCGAAGAUGAGACUGUCUACAACUACUUUGAUGAAAUUGAAAUCCACCCCAUAUACAUUGAUGUGGGGAAACUCGAAGAUGCCCAGAACAGACUUGCCAUCAAACAACUCAUCAGAGAGAUUGGGGAGCCUCGGAAUUACGGGCUCACGGAUGAGGAGAAGGCAGAGCUGGAGCAGAAGGCUGCAGAGGAGCGCCUGGCCAAGGAGGCUGCUGAGGACGCAGCACGCCAGCAGGAGGAGGCCAUGGAGACCGCGGAGAGGCUGGCUCGCUGGGAGCAGUGGAAUAAACAACUAGAGGAAGUGAAGAGAGAAGAAAGAGAGCUACUGGAGGCUCGGUCGGCUCCCCUGAGAAACUACUUAAUCACCCACGUGAUGCCUACUCUGGUGCAAGGGCUCAAUGAGUGCUGCAAAGUGCGGCCCGAAGACCCUGUUGAUUUUCUGGCAGAAUAUCUUUUCAAGAACAAUCCUGAAACACAGUAAAACUUUGAAGAUCUUGUGUCCUGUAACUCUAUAAGAAGGCAACAGCAUUGUCAAUGGGAAAAUCCCUUUCAAAUUGCUUUCCUCGAUUUUGAAAUGUUUUUCCUAUAAACA